AUGUCGAAGAUCUCUGUCGCCAGCAGAACAGCCCAGAUGCGGUGGAUCGAGAAGAUCCAGGAACGUCUUCGUGGCAUAACGAUAGUGCUUGGUGAGAUGAAGGCUGUGAAGAUGCUCGGGCUUACAGAUGUUAUGUCGACAACGAUUCAGAGACUGCGGACUAACGAGAUCAACACAUCAAAGUCUUUCCGAAAGCUGCUUGUGGCCACUCUGUUGCUCUCGCUCACCCCUAUUAAUCUUGCUCCUAUUGUUACCUUUGCCGCCUUCGCCUCCAUCGCAUUGAUUGGGCUCCUGACCACGCCCGUUGUCAUGUUCAUACAGCUACUGCCAAUGAUUGUCCAGUCGUUUGCAUGCUUCGACCGCAUCCAAGACUUUUGCACCUACGGCCCCCGACCUCCAGCAAUCGAUAGUCAAAGUAGCACACUCAUCUCGCCGUCUUCGACCGAUAUCAAUCUCGUUCCAUUGACAAAUGAGGGCGACAGCAAGUUUGUAGACUCGCAGCAGCGGUUUGCCGUCUCCUUCAAAGGGGAUAGCUUUGGAUGGAAGAAGGAUCAGGCUGUGCUUCACGACCUCACCGUUGACAUCUCUCAAAACGCAGUGACUGUUGUCAUCGGUCCCGUGGGAAGCGGCAAGUCAUCUUUCCUUCGCGCAAUACUCGGCGAGUUAAUACGCAUGUCUCCUACUGCCGGUCCAGCCGUUGGAAACCCUCCUGAUAAAGGUGGCGUGGCAUAUUGCUCACAGAGCCCGUGGCUUGAGAACGGAACGGUUCGGCAAAACGUACUCGGCGUUUCACUUUACGACCCGAAGUGGUACGAUGCUGUUAUCUCAGCCUGCGGUCUCGAAACCGAUUUACAAGCAUUUCAGAAGGGAGAUUACACACCCAUUGGUAGCAACGGUGUCAAUUUAAGCGGCGGGCAAAACCAACGCAUUGCUCUUGCUCGAGCCGUCUACUCGAGGCAGAAGAUCAUUGUCCUUGACGAUGUUUUCAGUGGCAUGGAUGCCCACACGGCUAAGCAUGUCUCGACCUGUCUGCUUGGCACUGAUGGUCUUUUGCGUAGGCAACGCGCAGCGAUCAUCAUCGCAACACAUAGCUAUGAACUAAUGGCCCUCGCCGACUUCAUCAUCUGCCUCGAUGAUGGAAGGAUACAAGAACUCGGCAACCCCGCAGUCCUCGUGCGAGGUCAAGGCUAUACGAGCAGGCUAGGGUUGAAGUUGUCAUCUGAUGGUGUGAAGGUACAUGAGUCUGAUGAGUCUGUGACUCCCAUUGAGCAGACAGCCACGCCAACCAACGAGAACGAGAAUCACCAAGAAGAAAGGCCAAAUACCGAUAUCCGACGCAAGAAUGGGGAGAAGGCAGUUUACACAUACUAUUUGAAGAAUGCUGGCCGUAGGGCAGUGGCCCUGUACUCAGUUUCAGUCGUUAUGUGGAUCUUCUUCUCAGAGUUCUCUACCGUUUGGGUCAAGUGGUGGUCUGAAGCCAAUGCCGCCAAGGCCAACACGAGUGUGGGGUAUUACUUGGGCAUGUACGCCGUUUUUGGCGUCCUUGGCACUCUGGGAGCUUCUUUGGCUGCCUGGUUCGCAUUCCUCGACAUCAUCACCAAUACGGCUCUCAAGCUGCACUCAGACCUUCUCAAGACUACCAUGGCAGCAUCCUUCCGUUUUCUAACCACAACCGACAAUGGCGAGAUCCUCAAUAGGUUCAGUGAAGACAUGCAGCUUCUGGACAUGGACCUGCCGUCCAACCUGGUGAAUUACACUUCCACGGCCAUAUCCGUCUUGGCUAAGCUCGUUAUUCUCGCCGUCUUCUCCCAAUUUCUCGGAAUUGCCCUCCCUUUCAUCGCGACCGUCGUGUAUCUUCUGCAACGCUUCUACCUUCAGACGUCUCGCCAGAUCCGUCUUCUGGGGAUCGAAGCCAAGGCGCCCCUCUACACCUGCUUCUCUGAAUCCGUGGCUGGUAGUUCAACUAUUCGUGCUUUUGGGUGGCAAACCCAGUACCAGGAACGUAACUAUCACCGCAUUAACUUGUCCCAGAAACCAAGCUAUGUUCAAAGCUGUAUUCAAGCGUGGCUUACGGUUGCUCUUAACCUAGUUGUGGCUGUGCUUGCUAUCAUCCUCGUGGGUGUAGUUGUUACUUGGUAUGAUAAAUUCAGUGCUGGAAGUGUUGGUGUUAGUCUUGUUAUGGUUAUUGGAUUCAGUGAGGUAUUAGCACGCCUGAUCCAGAGUUGGACUAAGCUCGAGUCUAGUGUGGGGGCUGUUGCAAGAGUUAGACGGUUCGUAGCAGAGACCCAAAAGGAACACAGUGCAGGCAAGGGACGGUUAUCUCGGGAUUGGCCCCGUAGCGGGGCUGUCAACUUCUCCAACGUUGUGGCGUCUUAUGGUUCUGAAGCCGAACCGAUACUCAAGGGGGUAUCACUUUCGGUGAAGGCCGGUGACCACGUUGCAAUCUGCGGUCGCUCAGGCAGCGGCAAGACGUCACUUAUCCUCAGCCUACUACAGAUGACAGAUGUCAGGGAAGGCAAGAUUGAGAUUGAUGGCGUCGACCUAUCAACUCUCGUGCCAUCGGAGCUUCGUUCUUGCAUCAACGUUGUUUCCCAAGAUCCUUUUCUCAUGCCGGGAACAAUCCGAUUCAACAUUGAUCCGCCGAGCGCCGUUUCGGACGACGACGACAACGCGAGGAUCACCCAAGCUCUCGACAGAGUUGGUCUUUCGAGACAUGUUCAAGAGCAAGGCGGCCUGGACGUAGAGAUGGACGAUAAAGCUUGGUCGGCCGGUCAGAAGCAGCUCCUCUGCAUGGCUAGGGCUAUGCUUCGGCAGUGCAAAGUUUUAGUUCUGGACGAGGCCAUGAGCAGUGUUGAUAGCGAGACCGAGGCGGUUAUGCAGGAUGUUGUUGACAAUGAGUUCCGUGACUGCACUGUUUUGGCUGUUAUGCACAGGCUCAAGCACGUGUCGCGGUACGACGCGGUUGUGCUUCUUGGUGACGGCGAAGUCUUGGAGACUGGAGAGCCAUCGUCACUGAUUGCGGGAGAUGGCUUGUUUGCUGAGCUUUACAGGAUGAACUCGAACUGA